CCCGCCCACUUCGUUUCAUUCACUCAGCAAUACGGACAUACAACAUCAUUUAUAGUCCAACAGGACAGUCACUGGUCACGCUAUCGCUAUAUUCAUCCAGAGCGACCGUCAGCAUUCAUAUGUUCGUGUAAUAGAGCAGAAGUUGAAUCAUUUGUUUGUUUGAAUUACUGUUAAGUCUCGUAGAAGAGCAACAUGGAGAACGGCCUGGAAAGCACAGGAGACAGUCGUCUGGACCAAGCUGUCACGCAGUGGUUACUGUAUGACAAGAAUCCAAAGACGGCUGCUGCUGUGCGGUCUAUGGUUAAAGAUAAAGCCUUGUCAGAGCUGCAGAGGUGUUUCGGGGCCCGUAUGGAGUUUGGCACAGCUGGACUGAGAGCUGCCAUGGGACCUGGAGUGUCCUGCAUGAAUGACCUCACCAUCAUACAGACCACUCAGGGUUUCUGUGCGUACCUGGAGCAGUGUUUUACAGAUCUGAAGCAGAGGGGGGUGGUGAUUGGAUUCGAUGCUCGCGCUCACCCCCCUAGUGGUGGCAGCAGUAAAAGAUUCGCCUGCCUUGCUGCUUCUGUCUUAAUAAGCCGAGGGGUCCCAGUCUACCUCUUCAGUGACAUCACACCCACUCCAUACGUGCCUUUUACUGUGUCGCAUCUAGGAUUGUGUGCUGGUAUCAUGGUAACAGCCUCCCAUAAUCCCAAACAAGAUAAUGGAUACAAGGUGUACUGGGCAAAUGGAGCUCAGAUCAUUCCACCCCAUGAUAAGGGCAUAGCUGCAGCUAUAGAACAGAACCUUGAGCCAUGGCCUGAAUCAUGGGACACAGAUGGAGCUCUUCAGAGUUCCCUACUCAAUGACCCAUACCAGGACAUACACAGAGAAUACUGCCAAACCAUACAGCAGCACUGCUUUCACAGGGAGCUGAAUAAGAAUACUAAGGUGAAGAUUGUCCAUACAUCAGUUCAUGGAGUGGGCCACAUUUUUGUCCAGGCUGCUUUUAAGGCAUUUGACCUUCAUCCUCCAUAUGCUGUGGAAGAGCAGAAAGAUCCUGACCCGGAGUUUCCCACUGUCAAAUACCCCAACCCUGAGGAGGGAGAGGGAGUCCUGACGCUGUCCUUCGCGCUUGCAGAUAAAGAGGGAGCAACUGUUAUUCUGGCAAAUGACCCUGAUGCUGACCGACUAGCUAUUGCAGAGAAACAGAAGAGUGGGCAGUGGAGGGUAUUCUCUGGCAAUGAGUUGGGUGCUUUGCUCGGCUGGUGGAUGUUCCAAUGCUGGAAGCAGCAGAAAGUAGAGGGAAAAGCCUCCAUUAAGGAUGUCUACAUGCUAUCCAGCACGGUCUCUUCAAAAAUCCUCCGUGCCAUCGCAGUGAAAGAGGGCUUCCACUUUGAGGAGACUCUAACAGGCUUUAAAUGGAUGGGAAACAGAGCUAGAGAGCUCAUGGACCAGGGAAAAACCGUUCUGUUUGCCUUUGAAGAAGCUAUUGGUUACAUGUGUUGUCAUGCAGUUUUGGACAAAGAUGGUGUGAGUGCGGCUGCCAUUGCUGGCGAGUUCAUCUCUUACCUGGCUUCUAAAAAUAUAACUCUGUCCCAUCAACUCAGAUCCAUUUAUGAGGAGUAUGGUUACCACAUUACCAAGAAUUCCUACUUUAUCUGUCACAAUCAAGACACCAUAAAGCGGUUGUUUGAGCGUCUUCGGAACUACGACGGGGAGAACUCGUACCCUAAAGAGUGCGGGGGCUUUGCCAUCACAGCAGUGAGAGACCUUACGACCGGCUAUGACAGCAACCAGCCCGACAACAAGGCUGUUCUGCCUACCAGUAAAAGCAGCCAGAUGAUUACCUUCACCUUUGCUAACGGGGGUGUGGCUACAAUGAGGACAAGUGGCACGGAACCUAAAAUCAAAUAUUACACUGAGCUCUGUGCUGCACCAGGAAACAGUGAUCUUAACCAGUUGAAAGCUGAAUUGGAUAACUUGGUUGAUGCCAUUGUGGAACACUUCUACCAACCUGAGAAAAACAACCUGACUCCUCGACCAGAGUGAGACACACAGUCACACAGGAUUACAAAGAUAUUCUUAUCUUAUCUAAUUCUGCUAUUAUUCUUAACCUACCACACAUAACCACUCUUAUUAAAGCUUACAUAUUCUGAGUCUUAAUCUAAGCAGGUUUUCUCUUUAUGUAGAUCAAAAACUGGUGCCACAUGAACAUAACGAUUGCCUUUUUCAUUUAUAUUUUUCCACUUCUCAGUUUUCUAAUCUACAAUGUUAUCGGAUAAAAUAAUUCAUUCAUAAUUCAAAAUUAAUUUGCCUUUUUUUUUUAAAUUACAGCAGUGAUCUAUGAAUGUACUAAUGCAAAUAAAGUGUGUUUGAAUUAAUAUAAAGAUUAUUUAUCUCAGCAGAUGUAUUAGUUGAGUUGAUUGACAGAAAUGAUUCCAUAUUGCUGGAGCAGAGGACAAUAUCUAGUUGCUGUUAAAUUCAGCCAACCAAAUAACCUCAGAACUCAAAAUGCCAGCUGAUGUUAUUUAAUACCAGCAAUUAAUACAAGAAUAGUUUUACCAAAAACUAUUUAAAAGGAAUUAGAGGGACCUAACAACCUUACUGUGGAAGAGUUUGCCACGUUUACAUGAUUUCAUUUCAUUCUCAUUCCAUCAUCUACGUUAAGUGACCUGUAAUUGUUUGAUUUAUUAAAUGUAAUUUGUUUGUAAAUGUUUAUUACCAUUUUAAAUGUCAGUUUGAUAAUACAUUCAGAACUGUUAACUGUGAGGUUGAGACUGGGAACCUGUUGGGAAAGUUUUACAUUUGAACAGAAGAGAAAAGUUUUCCUUAAGCAGAUAAGUGUUUGUUAAGUGUUAAAGCAACUCAGAUGUCAUUUUGGCAGUGGUUAUGAUGCUGAGAUUUAACAGAAAAUGCCUUACUACCAACAUCAGUGUUGACUAGGCAUCUAUGUCAUCUAAUGUCACCACAUAAAAAUACCUGUUGAUUUUUUUUUUUUUUUUUUUUUUCAUGUAAAGUGAUUUCAUACGUUUCAGGUGCUUAAUAGUUUGAUACUUUUAAACUUAAAUUGUUGUUUUGUCCUCUUUUGAAUCAAUAAACAGCAAGUGGUAAUCACAAA